AUGAAUGUGACAGAAAAUCCGAACUGGGAGCCUUUCCAGGGGCCUCCAUUUGACAUGGGAGGUGGUCCAAAAACUUCGAAAGAUGAGUUUAACCCCCUCUUCCCUCCAAGACAAUGCCAGUUCAUUCCCCUGCUCUCCAAGCGAAGGCGAGCCAAUCAGCCAAACCAACAAACCAGGAAGGGUGAACCUCAGCGUCAGCAUCAGCAUCGCCAAAUCCCACCCGGCUUCCGCCACCGCUUCCAAGAGGUAUACAAACCUGGCAAUGAAUGGGCUGGGAUACCAGGGCCCGAUGCCAUCAGAUAUUACGAGGAGGAAUUAGCCAAAGACGACCUCGGCCCUGACAGCGAGUGGGAAUACGCGGAUGAGCUUAGGAAGCAGCUUAGAAACUUUGUGGAGAUGACGGAGGAUGAGGAGUAUACUGACGAGUACGAGGAGGAUGAGUACGGGCGUGACCUACGGUGGAAGUAUCAAGGACCUGCGAGUGAGGAGAAUCAGUGGAUUUAUUUGGGGGAGCUGGGAAGAGGCGGGUUUGGAUAUGUACAGUGCUGGAAAUGGUACCCGUUUGGUGAUAGGGACCCUAUCUUGUUCGCAGUCAAGGACACCCAGAAUGACGAGUUCUGGGAUGAUUAUUGUUCGGAGGGAAACCUAACACGGAGACUGAACGCCGUCGGGUGCCCAAAUGUUGUCAGGGUGUAUGAUUGGAUUGACCUCAAUCCGCAACCCCUUAAGUCGAUCGCGCACGGCCAUUCUUUUCGCAUCCUUUAUGCGUAUUAUGAGGGGGGGUCAUUAGCUAGACUUUAUACCCAUUACAUGCAAUAUAAGCUCCUGUUCCCCGAAGCGUUUCUAUGGCACGUGUUUCAUGAAAUUGCGACUGCUCUACUAUACUGUGCACAUGGCCAUGCUGGCCCCCAGCGAAAGCCUGACUGGGAGGAAAUCAUACACAAGGACGUAAAGCCAGCAAACAUUUUCCUAGGUACAACGCCGCCGCCAGAAAGUGAUGAGCUUUACCCAUCCUGUUAUCUCGGAGAUUUCGGACUGGCCUACAGCAUCCCUAAUGAUGAUGUUCGGUCAUAUAAAAAAGCCUAUGUCAUGGAAGGAACAGCAGGAUUUUUACCCCCGGAAGCCGUCGACCCUUGCUCCUCUGGAGUCAUCAGCCCCAAGCUGGACAUCUACGCUCUGACCCUCUCCAUCCGUGAAGCUAUCGAAAAUUCUCUGAACAUCUACACGGCGGACGAAAUAAACACUCUCCGUAAACUCCCCGGCGGGGAGAAUUACUUACCCUAUUCCCUGGAUCUCAUCAAUCUAUGCCGUGCAGCAGGGUCCAGCAGAACCUAUAGGCGCCCUGACAUAUACUCCCUCUGGAAAACGACGGGAGACCAGGCACGGAAAUGGAAAAGAAAAGUUAUGGCGAAUAAGCGUCGUAUGGAGACUAGCGGGGCUCAGUGCUACGAUGGCAUGAUGCUUCUUGACCAUGAUGCCAGACGGAGGUUUGAGAGAGAUCGGGAGUUUCGGAGUGUCUUUUUUGGAGAGGCGUCAUGGAGACAUAGGAAUCGGGGUGUGGUGAAGUUCGGGAAGGAGGUAGUUAGGAGGGUGAAAGCGGAAGAGAAUGGCAAUGGCCAGACAAGGGCGAACCAUGGCGGCUGGAUAGAUGCGGAGGGAGACAGAGCAGAAAAGAGGGCGAGGAUUUCUGCGUCUGAAGGGGCAGAGGCGUGA